UUUGUUAAAGAUAGAUCUAAAAAAUGUUGAGUUAAUGAAUACAAAUGUCAAUAUAUCUACUCAACUAAUAGUAGUAAUAAAGUCUUCAAAAGUGAAACGCCUUCCGGGUCAUCGCGGCAAAAAAAUUCAAUUUUAGGGAUUUGUAGAAGUAGGGUUUUCCAUCGGAUCGAUUUUUGGGAGAAAAUUUUGUGCUGUUUCUCAGUAAGUGAAUCAAGUUGUAUUGCACAUUACAGUUACUUGCCGGUGUUUUAAACUGAAGAUGGCUAUUGAUGCUGGAUCUGGGAGCAAAAGUAGGGAUAAUGAUAGUAAUAAUUCAAAGAACAAACUGGUUAGUAAAGGAUCAUCAAGUUGUGACUCGGGAAAGGCAGAUAGAUCCACAAGAUCCUCAGUUAAGGAAACCUUAUCUAAACAAAUGGAUUUAAGCCCUGCAAGUACAAGGAAAUCUGAGCGCCUUGAGAAGCGGACGCCACCCAUACCUCCUGCUAAGAAGAAGUCUGCGGGACUUGAACAACAGAAUACUCCGAGCCCUUUAAGAAGGUCUGAAAGGUGCUCUACUUCGUCAAGAUCAAAGUACAUAGGCAGAGAAUCCAAUUCGUCUAGUAUAAAGGAGGAGAAACGAGAGAAGAUUGUGAAGAAGCUGACAAUAGAAUCUGAUAGUGUUAGCACUACCACGAAGAAUGCUACAACACCUGUUGAUUUAAAAAGGAAAAAAAUGGAUGACAGAACUUACAAGUUAUUAUUCAAAAAACAAAAGAAAGAAGAUAUUGCAUCAGAUGCUUGUGAAGAUGAUGGUACUGAUGGGAAGCAUGGUUCUAAAUCUCAACCUAGUUUGUUGCAUGAGGCAGACCUGGUUGAGCCUGAAGAAAGAAGAAUGCUAUACAAUGAGCAGAAAAGCCUCCAUAUCCAUCUGAAAGCUGAGAUAGCAAAACUUUUUGGAGUGAUAAAAGUUUCGGAAGUCAUCAAACAUACGGCGGAAAAAUUUCUGGAAUAUAUUAUGGAGAAUCAUCGUGUUAGUAGGGAACCUGAAACAAUUUUACAGGCUUUCCAGAUAUCUUUGUCUUGGACUGCAGCUUCAAUCUUAAAGGAAAAGAUUGACAAAGACGAUAUAUUCUUGCUCGUAAAACAACAGUUACAGUUCAGAUGCACUAAAGAAGAGGCAAUCAAUGUCUAUCUGAAGCUGCGUUCCUUAAAGAAGAUGUUUUUGCGGAGAUUGGAUCAGAGCGGUAAUGCUUCAAGCUCUUCAUAUGAGGAAAGCAUAUCACAAGCUGCAAUAUCUGCCCGACUGAACGUGGACACUGAUAUCGUAGACAGGUUACAAGAUAAUGAGUUAAGUGGAGAAGGCACUGUGACUCCUACAGAAAAACUUAGGGAUAGUCAAAGGGAAAAGUUCAUUAAGGAGGUUCAGUGUGGACAUGGAAAACGAAUGUCCAUGCUGGAACAAGAGGAACACGAGAAAAUUGAGGAGUUCAAUAGAAUCUGGGAGAAGAAAAAAGAAGUGCUAGAGGAGGAGUGCAGACUGGAGAUAGCUGUUCUUCGCGCUAUACAUGGUGAGACUGCAGCAACAAAGGAUAGACAAAAAUCAUUAGCAACUAAGUUUGCAAAGAAAAUUGAAGUGCACACACACCUAAAGGACCAGCAACUGAAAGAGCUUGAGGCUAAAUACUCUGCUAUGAGGAAUGAGGAAAUGCAGAAGGUUUCUUCACAGCAGACCAGAGAAAAGUCCUCUGGUAGGGGCCAUUAUUCUGGAGACGAGAUGGAGUGCUCUCAGGAAAAUUUUAAUGUCUCUGACAGUAUCCCUAAGACAGCUGUCUCUGGCUUGCAGGGUGACAUGGCAGCAUCUGAUGCACCUGCAUCUUCUCCAGACGCGUGCCAUGUUCUUCCUAUUCAAUCUACUAAUGUUUUAGCAACUUCAGUUUCAGAAGAGCUAGCUGAGAUCACAUCCACGGGGAGAGAAUCAGUUGCUGCUGUUAAGCAGUCCAAUGAAGCAGGUAAUUCAGGUGGCAGUGAAGAGGAAAUUGCUUGCAAGGUUCCUCUGUCUCCCAAAGAACAUACUGGUAAAGUUGCAUCGGACAAGCGAAGUAGAAUCUGUUUGGAAGUAUCUGAAGUUGCUCUUAAUGAAGCUGUUGGUCAUGAUAAAAUAUCUGAAGUAAAUAACACUAUUCAAGAACUGGUUACAGAAAAUAAUUCUUUUUUGCCAAAUGUUGUUGGAAACCAGAGAGUUAAAGUUAGCUCCAGUGACGGAAACCAAAUAACUCCAGAGGAAUUGCCAGCAGAAUUGCCUUGUGUAGCAGCAGUUCCUUCUUCAGAUGAUGCUAGUUCUUUACCGCAAAAUCCAGUAAAUUUAGAUGAUUGUUACCGGUCUUCAGGAGAUAAUGGAACACACAAUAACCUACUUGGUGAAAACCAGAUUGGAAUGCAAACUGAACUUGUUUCUGGACAUAAUAUAAAUAACACUUCUGAAGCAAUUUUAGCUGGCAAUUGUGAGCAACAUCAUAGAGUAGAUGAUGGUGUUCCCAUUGCCGCUCACCAUACUCACAGGGAGUCUCAAACCCACAAUGAAAGAAACCCUAUUCCAAUCCCUGGAUCCUCUCCCCAUGCAGCAGGACCUUCACAUCAAGCUGUUUCUUCAGCUGGGGUAAAUCUGGAGCCUUGUGCAUCUGUUCAGUCAGACGUUAGGGUUACCCACAGUCAAUCCUUCUUACCAGCAGUCAGUAGAGUGCAUCCUCAAUCAACUACGAAUUCGUGUGGAUCUAGCAAAUUGCCCGUGCGUCCUGCCCAUCAGAUGGCCACUUGUAAUUUAGCUCUUCCUUUCCAUGCUGACUCUCUUCAUAUAGAAUGGGAAAGAAUACAUAAAGAAAAAGAACAAGUGACAAACGGUCUUGAGGAUAUGAAAUUGCAUUUGAGAUCUGAGUGCAAAAAAGAGAUAGAGGAGGCUAUAGCACCAAUCCGUAAGAAAUAUGAUUUAAAGCUUCAGGAGGUUGAGGCAGCAUAUCUUUUGAAGAAGAAGGAGCUUGAUAUGAAUCAGAACAAAAUUCUCAUGAAUAAAGCGCUGGCUGAUGCUUUCAGAUUUAUAUUCAUGGAUGUCGAAAUUUCUGAUCUUCCAGUUGUGCCUCCUGGUUAUAUGCUGCAUCCACAUCAGGUACGGCAGCAGCAGAGUUUAAGAUCUUCCCCAAUCAAUGGUUCAUCCUCAGCUCGCCAACCUGUGGAGGCGCAGACUACUGUCUCAUCUUCGCCAGUUGCUAAUUGUUCAGUACAUUCUGUGGAAGCUUUUUUGCCUCCAUUAAGAUCUUCAUCUGUUGCUGGUUCAUCUUCAUGUAGCCAACCUGCUGCUGUUAGUCGUUCAACCACAUUUUCUGCAGGAAGUGUAAGCAGGCCGCCGCCUCUCAUUAGUACAAUCACCCCUUCCAGGGGUAAUCAUCAAUUAGGUGGCGAAGUUCGUGCUCCAGCCCCACAUCUUCAGCGUUUCAAAGGACCAACAUCAACCCCUGUUAGCAGUUCAUCAACCCUUCUAAAUGGCAUGCCAGGUCAUCCACGACCCAUUUACGUGGCUGCAUCUCUUCGAUCAACACUGCAAAAUCCAAUACAGCCACCCAUAGUGCAACAAUUACCUGUAAAUCUUUCUGAUUCUGGUAAUACAUCCUUGGACCAUGGACUUGGAGGACUGCCUGCUAUACAAAAUCCAUCUCUUUCAGCACGGGAACUGCUUCAAGAAAUGGAGAACCGAUCUCGUGCAAAUAAGCCUAAUUUUAUGCCACCUUUACCAGAUAUCGGCUGUAACUUUGAUUCAUUAGACCUCUCUGAUUUUCAUUCAAUGGGCAGUGUACAGAGAGGUUCUAUCUCUUCAGAGCCAGCUACUAAUGUGCCAGUAAGGAAAAAAAAUAAGCGGUUGGGAAGCCUAACGGACCAGAUCGUAGCCCUGCAAAAGCUAGUUUCUCCCGAUGGCAAGACUCUAUUGCAGGCUGGGACAGCUUCAGUCCUCCAUGAGGCUUACAACUCUAUUACUUCUCUAAAAAAUCAGAUUCAGGACUUGUGUAACACGGCAAGCAACAAUGGUUCCCUUUUUCUCUCGCAGAAUAGCAGGAGGAAAGCAAUUGAUGUACAAAGCGGAGGUUUUUGCUUGGUUCCAGUGUCACUUGUGCAGAAACUAAUAGACGAAGACGUUUACCACGUUGGAAACAGCUUUUUAUGAUUUUAUCAAUGAAGUAAUCAACUGAUAAUCUUAGUUUCCACUUUUUUCAAAAUAUUUGAGAAAAUAAUAUGAUGCCCCCUUGUUUUUUGUACGAUAGAUGUCAUUUUCUGGAAGUUAAUUUUCCAGGAGACAGUUAUUUUAUGUUGUUUGGUUAUCAGGAAAUGUUUUUUCAUCAGAAGGGGGAAGAAGGGUUAGUCAUUUUUCAUGUCAUUUGCUCUAACCAACACUUGAAACAUAUUAUCAAUCAUUUAUUUAUAAA